AUGGAGCCCGCCAGUAAAGGCCCCAAGGCCUGCACGACAUGCGCAAAGGCCAAGGCCCGGUGCAUUCCCGGCCCGGACAAGGACAGCAAGUGUGAAAGAUGCCAGAGGUUAAAGAGAGAAUGUGUCUCACAGCGGCCUGCUCCGCCGCGGGCCAAGAAGCCGCCCAAGAGGUCUCGCGUUGCCGAGCUGGAGAAGAGGCUGGAUGAGCUGUCAUCUCAGUUUGUCGACGGGGCUGCCGCUGCUGCCGCCAUAAAUACCAGAUCAAGCCAGCAGUCAGGGGACUCACCGUCGAUAUCAGUCUCAUCAGGCAACCACCCAUCAGCCACCGAACGCCCUGGACAGCAUCAACAGCAGCAGCAACAACAGCAACAGCAACAGCAACAGCAACGGCAACGGCAGCAACGACGACAGAAAAACAAGUGCGAUAGCAUCGUCACCUUUGAGUACCUGUUCCCGUCACCGCGGUCAGAGAGCGCCGAAGUCUCGGGAUGGACCUCGGAAGUCGGCAGCAACGACUGCGUUAUGGCGGCGACCGAGAUAUGGCCCACAGAAGCCGAGGCCGAGACCCUGCUGCUGCAGUACCAUGCGAGCCAUGCGCGCCUGGCCCCCUUUGUGAUUGUGCCCAAGCAUCUCAUGGCGGCGGAUCUGCGUCGACACAGACCGUUCCUGUGGAGGGUGGUGAUGAUGAUUAGCUGCUUCAUCGACGGACCGAGGCAACACCGCAUGGGCAAGGAGGUGCUGGCCGAACUGGGGAGGAUGUCCGUACUGGACAGCACGAGGAACCUUGAGACGUUGCAGGGACUGUUGCUGACCAUAAGCUGGCUAAAUUUCUGUCUAAAGAGUGCACAGCUUACCAACUUACUCUUCCUCGCAAGGUCCAUGAGUCUAAGCUCGGGCGGCUUUGGAAUCUCAUGCGGCGCCGGUGGCAACAGCAAUAAAGACGAGGUCAAAUGGGGCGAGUUGGAACACGCACGAGCAUACCUAGGGACAUAUUAUCUCAACGCCAUCGUCUUCAACACGAAUAAAAAGGUGGAUGCCUUUAUGAAUACUUCACAACUCGACAACUAUUGCAACCUCCUCACGUCACCGGGAGAGUAUCAUUCCGACUUAUAUCUAGCUAGACUUGUCAAGAUACAGACGCUGUCGCAGUCCAUCUCCAUGGCCAUGCUGGAUCAGCAACCGAUGCAGUUACCCCUGACAAUGGCCCGGCUAACCUAUUCCACAGGCACUCUCCAAUGCCAUCUGGCCAUAUCGGAAGUCCUCCUCGCCGACAUGGCAAUCUCCGAUUCCCACUGCGCCGCCAUCUCCCUCCCGCACAGUGACCGGAUCCACCUCCUCUGGUCCUGUCUCCAUGCUCUGCGCCGCUUCUACGCCGUUGCCUCGGUCAAAAGCUGCGACAUGAUUGAUCAAGUAGAGCGCAGCUUCCUGGGCAUCAACGCGUCGGAUCUUGCCUACGCAAUCAUCACAGGCAUCAAGCUCCUCCUCGUCCGGAUCCCCGACUGGGAUCCUCGGUAUAUUAUUUCCGAGCUAGGAAUCCGGGAAAUGCUCGAUGAGGAAAUUGAGCAUGUCGGCGAGAUUGUGGCGCGGAGAAAGAGUGACCGCUGGCCUGAGGAAGACCCCAUGGAUCGGAUGCAUAAAUUAUUAAUGUAUGGGAGAGAUCUGGUCAACAUGCAGAUACAACAGGUGGCGGCGGAGAUGGAGGGAAGUGAAGUCAACCGUCGUCAUUCUCUUCUACCGUCUUCUACACUGGCAACGGCGAACAAAGGAGAGGGUGGCCAGGGGUGGGCGAUGGCAGGCAUGGAAGAUCUGGACGACGAUUUGUGGCAGAACUUUAUGAAUGACACGGCGUGGAACUUGAACGGGGAGCCGAUGGUGAUGGAUUCUUUUUGAAAUGCAAGGCUGGAGCAGUGUAAUAUGGCGUGGAGUUUGGUUAGGUUGUGUACAAGCAACCAGGUUCAUGGUGUUUCUUUUUUUGCUUCUUCUUCUUCUUCUUUGUUUCACAAGGAUCGAUGGAAAACCUCAGACAGGGUAACUGGAUAUUUGGGAAUGGCGCGCGUCAAAGCUAACAGUCGAGUUUAGCACUCUUGUACGUGUUUAGAACGGUAUGAAGGAUAAGCAACAUGAUAUCAUUCUCUUCUCCCAAUUCACCUUUUUGUGAAAACUUCUAGAUCAUUAUGCUUCCUUUUGUUUUGUUUUUUCAAACGCUUUCAUAGAGAUCACGCACUCUCCUCCUCAACUACCUCCAGAGCCUCAAUCCUGGCCUUUGCCAACCACGCAACGUUCCCCCCAGCAGUCUCCUUCCUCACCGCACUCAACUCAUCUAUAAACGCCGGCACAAACGUGCCCGGCCCGCGAACAUCGUCCCUCACCGCCGCCCUCUCGGCCGCAAUCUCAAACAGCACCAGCCCUGCCAGCGCCGCAACCAGCACGUCGCUCCGAAACGCGGCAACCAUGGCGCUCACCGUCGUCCCCAGCGUGCACCCCGUGCCCGUGACCUGGCUGAGGAACUCGUGCCCGUUGUCUACGCGCAACGUGCGAGAUGCGUCGCUGACAAUGUCCGUCUUGCCGGUGAGGAUGACGACGGCGCCGGUGCGGCGGGCGAGGGCCCGGGCGAGAGUGGCACGCUGCGGGAUAGUCAAGGAGGAAGAGGAGUCGACGCCGCGCUGGGAGACGGAGGAGCCGUAGACGGUCUGGAUUUCGCGCUCGUUGCCUUUGAUGACGGUGAAGUGGCCGGAGGAGAGGAGCGUCUUGACGGCGUUGCGGCGGAUGGCGGUUGCGCCGGCGCCAACGGAUCAUACACA